AUGCUUAAGGAAUAUAAGUUAGUCGUCGUCGGUGGAGGUGGUGUUGGUAAAUCCGCAUUGACCAUUCAAUUAAUUCAAUCACAUUUUGUUGACGAAUAUGAUCCAACUAUUGAAGAUUCAUACCGCAAACAGUGCACCCUUGACGGGGAGCUGGUUUUGUUGGACAUUUUGGAUACAGCCGGCCAAGAGGAGUACAGUGCCAUGAGAGAACAGUACAUGCGUACCGGAGAAGGGUUUUUGUUGGUUUACUCAAUCAACUCGCGUACCUCGUUGGAGGAAUUGCAAUCGUUCUACGAGCAAAUCCAGAGAGUUAAGGAUUCGGAUUUUGUCCCAGUGUUAGUGGUUGGUAAUAAGUGUGAUUUGGAGAUCGAAAGACAAGUGAGCUAUGAAGAAGGUUUGAGCUUGGCCAAAUCUUUCAACUGUCCAUUUUUGGAAACAUCUGCAAAGCAAAGAAUUAAUGUCGAAGAGGCUUUCUAUGGAUUGGUCAGAUCUAUCAGAGACGGUGGAAGUGAUUCUAAGAAGCUUGAUGCUGUUGGUGCUGGUGUAGCAGGUGGUAGUGCAGUAGCAGGUGACCCAUCCAAGCAAAAUGAUCCAGCAGUACAAGAUAGUGCUGCCGCUGGCGGUGCUUCAAACAAACAGAAGCAAGCAUCCAAUAAUGCUUCAUCAACUGCUAAUAGUGGUAAGAGACAGCAACAACAAUCUUCUGCUGCUGGUGGUAAAGAAGAGAAAGAAAAAUCUGGUUGUUGUGUCAUUGUCUAA